UGCGGUGCGGCGCGGUCCGCAAAUCGCCAGGCGCCAGUGUGUAGCCAUCACAAUUCACAACGGAUCGAGUAGCCGCCACGGGUGCCUGUGCCGCGCGCUGUCGUUUUAUAAACUGACACGUUUACUAUUUAGCAUCUCGACGCGCUCCACUACGCGGAAACUAUCACUUUCGCUACAGUUACAAUCACAUUUUAACUAUGAUAACACAGUGAAUUUUACUUCAAACACUCUGAGAGUACCACACCACGGCGGCUUUACAAGAGCUCAAGAUGCCCCAAUGGGCGAGCAGCGAGGGAGGAGGCACGGAGGCGGCGUCUCCAAAUCAAAUGAUCCUUUACUAUGAAAACCAAGCCUCGGAGUACUAUGAUAACAAAGCAGAAGAUACUGAUGUCAAAAUAGAAGAAGCUGGAGAUUUCUAUGAUAGCGGCAGCGGUAGUGACGAGCAAGUGACACGGCGGGUGUGCCGGCCUCGGCGAACCGCAGCCAGCUCGUCAUCCUCUGGCCAUAGCUCCAGCGGCCCUGGGAGGCGCAGGCGUUGCGGUAUUUCUGCCAGGGAACGAAACUUACGAAGAUUAGAGAGCAAUGAACGCGAACGCAUGCGGAUGCAUUCGCUAAACCGCGCGUUUGAAGAUCUUCGUCGUGUCAUUCCACACGUGAAAAAGGAUAACCGAAGUCUAUCAAAGAUAGAAACUUUAACUCUUGCCAAAAACUAUGUAAAAGCCCUCACUAACGCAAUAUGCACAAUGAGGGGAGAAGUUCCUCGUUACCAAUUUAACAGCGACGAUGAAAAUGUAGAACCGGUUUUUGUUAUAACUAGAGAUCAGGAACAAAAUAAUAACGAGCAAGUGGAUGAAGAAAUAGAAGAUUUAACGCCAAACUUAUGUCUGUGACGAGAUGGUAGACGUGGCUUUACGUCGAGGAUACUGCGCUAUGAUGCUAACUACAUCCAAAUAAUGUUAAAUACGUACACAAUUUGUGAAAUGUAGGUAAGAAAAGAGCAGCGAAGUAUUCUUUAUAUCACUAGCAAGAGAGUACUCGAUUAUUACGAUAACCCGGCAACGUAUGGACACCGAGAACAAAUAUCAACCCCCAUAAAAUCUUUGCCUAGUCGUAGAUGUACUAGAGUACUAUAUGUGACUAUUUGUACAAACGUAGAUACGUCAAAUACUAUUGUGACUGAAAACAAAUUUAUAAAAUGAGUUAUGAAGAAAUCAACUACAAUAGAUUUAUUUAUUUAUUGCAAGCACAAACAUCGCAAUUCAGGGUUUAAUAUAGCUCUCUGUACUAAAUAAUUUUUAUUUAUGUUUAUUUUUGAGCUAUAUUUGGUGCUGUAUAAAACUUUCUAUAAAAAUUUCGUGAUCCGUUAAAAAAUAGUUAUGUUCGUGUUCCUAUCAUACUGGAACACUGUUGAAAUGAAGCAGAGUUGAAAAAAUAUUACAAACUUUACAAUUUAUUCAUUAAAACAAUAUAUCUCAAAAUCUUUGUUUCAUUGAACACGUUGUAUCUGUACUUUAACAACAUAUUUUGUGUUUAAUCUCUAAUGAUAUGAUUGUAUUUUUUUUUUAUUCUGCCCUACUAAAGGCAACUGAAUGACAUUUUUUGAAAAUGCAAUUAACCGCGGUACUCAUUGAAUUCGAUCUCCUUAGUGCCAAUUAGUUUGUAGUCCUUGUACUGGUACAGACAACGAUUACAUUCCAAUGCUGUAAAACGUAUGUAAAAGUCAAUUUUUGUUAGAACAUAAUAUUAUUUGUAUAUGAAAAAAAUAUAUUUUAUUAUUUAUAUAGCUUAAUUAAAAUUAUAUUAAGUGUUGUAUAUUGAAUGUUAUAUUAUAUUGUGCUUCAAUGUUUAAAUUUGUUUAUAUGCAAUGAAAUCUCAAUUAAAGUUACCAAUGUCUAAGUUACCUACCUAAAUAAGUCCAAAAAGUUGGCAUUACGAUUAUGAAUCUGCUGAUUUUGCAUUUUGCCUACAAAAUAAUAUGUUUUAAAUGUUGUAUGUAGAUAUUGUGAUUUAAAUUAAGAAUUUGAAUGUAUUUUACCUUAGCUAUAAGGACGACUCGGCACAUUCCGAAAAAUAUUUUAAUUAAUUAAAAUAUAAGAAGCAGA